UUUACACACAUGCACACACACACACACAUGCACACACACACACUUGCAUACACCUGACACGGACCUUCCCACACACUCCUGAUACAUCUCUGAAACUCCAGGUCUGUAGUGAAUGAAGGUGAGGAGAGAGCAGAAUGGGACCUCGAACUGCAGUCGGACCAUCCAAACAGGAGAAGGUUUCCCCUCAGGAUCGUCAUGGUAGCAGGGGCAAUGGGUAUUACAAUGAUUCUCCUGUGCUCAAUAACCCAAAGUCAGUGUUAAAGAGGCAGGUGAGUCCUGAAGAGCUGCAGACACCUGGAGGGAAAUACCUAAAGAGGAUAUUCACUAUUGUCGGGGAUGCUGUGGGCUGGGGCUUUGUUGUGAGAGGCAGCAGUCCAUGCCACAUUCAGGCUGUUGAUCCAAGCGGACCAGCUGCUGCUGUUGGAAUGAAGGUGUGUCAGUUUGUACUGUGUGUAAAUGGAGUGAACGCCUUGGAGAUGGACUAUCGGACGGUCAGCCAUCUUAUCCUCACCGGGCCUCGUACUGUUGUCAUGGAGGUGAUGGAGCCACUCGACUGCUGAGGACACAACUAAAGGAGUUACUCUCAAAAAAUAAAAAAAAUUUGAGAAAAAAGUACAAUAUUGUGAGCUGGAAUAAGAUUUAGAUGGUGACCUUAGAGUUUUACAUUACUCAGAAAAAAAAAAGAAAAAAGGGCCAAAGUGUAUUAUAUUUGACCCCUUGUCUAAUGCAAAAAAAAAAAAAAAAAAACAUUUAGAUAGAGUUUCUAACAUGAUACAUUGGUAAGCUAUACCAUCAAAAUGGUUCUCAGUGAUUAGAUUUGAGACAUCAGCAGAUGUUUUGUUAUGUAGUAUACCUUCAGUGCUUAUUUCCACCUAAAAUCUGCACACAAUGUCUUUUGUUCUUUUUUUCUUAUAGAAAUAUAUUCAAAAACAUAUGAAUUCCUAAGCACCAGACAGCACACAGUAUAUAAUUGAAAUGGCGAUAUGAGAGAAAAGUAUUCGGACACUACAUAUAGAAUAUAAAUAGAUGUGUUACAUGAAAGUGUCCUUGAGUAAAUGACACCUUGUAGCAUAAAAGACCAUUAGAUAAAAAUAUUUUACUGUGAUGGUGAAGUUGAAUUAGAUUCUGAAAGCUCUCAGGUACAACAUUAUUAAUAUUCAAAUGGAAAUAGCUCUGCAUAGGCAGGGGAAACAACUUCAACAUUCCUGUCAGAACAAUUAGGUUGAUAAUAUGGAGAUGGAAAGCUCGACUAAUUGUUCCUGGACAGGUGUGCCAUUCAAGAUUUCAUGACAUGCCUUCAGACUAAUGAUAGAGAAAAUAAGAAAAAAGCCAGCAGUCACUGAAACUGAGUUGCUAGAUGGCCUGUAGGCAUCAGUUACACAGUUAUCUCUGUGAAGCACAAAUAGAAGCAUAGAGAUGUCCAUCUAAGAGCAUCUUCAUGUACUCACAUACCUACAGGGCUCUUUGCCAAUAGUAGAGCUCUCACUAUGUGGAAAGAAAAGGGUUGUGGAGGAUUUCUUAAAAAGAACAUAUCCACAGUGAAGCAUGGGGGUGGGAGCUUUAUAUAUCAUAGGACUGUCAUGAUUGUCUAAAGCAUGAAUGGAGAGGUGUACCGGGAUGCAUUAGAAGAUAAUUUAAUCUUCAUCAUCAAGAUGGCAUGAAGGUGGUGAAAACAUUUGAGUAAAACAACAACCCCAAACAUACAAUAUACAACUCACAUAAAAAAGGUGCAGGUUCUUUUAUUAACCCACUAAUCUCCUAACUUUAUUAUAGAGAAGUUGGAAAUUUACAUCUCUGUACAUAUUUUUAGUAGCAGUAGCUCAGUGGUUAAAAUCUUGACCUUCUAUUCAGAAUGUUAAGAGUUGAAAUUCCAGCACUGCCAAGCUUGCCCUUAAACACGGCUGGGCACCUUUAACUACUCAGCUGUACAAAUAAGAUAAAUAAAAUAAAUAAGCUCGUGAUAAGGGGGUCUACCAAUGCUUGUAGUAAUUCUUUUCAUAGAUGUGUACAAUUUCCAUUGCCUAUAUAUAAUUUUUUUUACACAUAUCUUUAAUAAAUACACACUUUUUUAGUGAUAUUUGUAAGUUCAAAGUCACACAUUAUAUGUAUUAAAUUUAAGUGGAUUUAUGCAGUGGACAUUAAAAAUAAGAGGAUAAAUAUUUAUUAAUUUCACUCAAUAUAUCAGUAGGUAUUAAUGAAUUGAUGGCAGUUUUCAGUAUCAAACUAAACAAACUGUAUGUAUGUUUCUAUAUAAGAUUUAUGAGUGAAAUAUGAGAAUUUAACAGUGCUCUGGUAUACCAGCUUAUAAAUCUCUGCUUAAUAACAUACUGAAUUCUUACAUUAAAUAAAUAAAUAAAGUUGUCAAUCUUUUGAACAUCA